ACGGGCACUCCCUAGACACCCUGCGGGGUCCUCACCCGCUCAGCCAGCUGACGUAUCUCUCAGUGUGAGGCGCUUUCCGCUCCUUCCGCUCCUUCCGCCGCCGGUAUAAUGUGGUCGAUUUUCUCGUCUAUCCCGACUCAGAUGGAUUAUAAGGGCCAGAAACUCGCCGAGCAAAUAUUUCAAGGAAUAAUCCUCUUUUCUGCAGUUGUCGGUUUUAUUUACGGUUACCUGAUUGAACAGUUUGGAUCGACUGUCUACAUCGUUAUGGCCGGAUUUGCCGUCUCCUGCUUGUUGACGCUCCCCCCCUGGCCGAUGUACCGACGCAAUCCGUUAAAAUGGCUUCCUGUUCAGGACUCGGAAGAUAAGAGGCAGCUGGAUAAGAAGUCAAAGAAACAUAAAUGAAGUCUGCCGGCCGCAGCGAAAGCCAACAUUUUUUUUUCUCAUAUUUCACUAAAAACAGCGUUUGUAAUCAAUAAGCAUUCGUGGCUCUCGAGGAGGUGGAGCGGCUGCUGCGCGCAGUCAGUUAGUGACCCGGAGCGUCUCCGAGGCGGAUUCAUGUUUUCUGCUUUUGUUCUAUUAAAUAUUUCAAUAUUCA